AUGGUGCCGAAUACGACUCAGUUUGCUCGUACGACGAUGACGACACAUUUGAAUACGACAAUCGGUUUGAAUUCGACGUUCUUAGUGCCGACGUAUAUGAGCCAGGAGGAGUUCUUUGCGCUGCAAAUGACUAACGCAUCAGACGCUAAUACGACGUUAUCGAAUGAUACGACAGUGAAUUUAGUUCUAAAGACUUGGUACCCAAGUGGGUACUCGCCGGCACAUAUAAUAAUAGCGUCAGUGGUUGUGACAGUGUUGAUGAUAAUGGUGGUAGUGGGUAAUAUGUUGGUGAUCAUCGCGAUAGUAACAGAGAAAGCGCUUAAGAACAUACAAAAUUGGUUCAUAGCGUCAUUAGCGGUGUCGGACUUCUUCCUUGGGCUUAUAAUAAUGCCGUUCUCCUUGGCGAAUGAGCUCAUGGGGUACUGGAUCUUCGGGUUUUGGUGGUGUGAGAUACAUUCGGCGAUGGAUGUUUUGCUGUGCACGGCGUCCAUCAUGAACCUGUGUCUCAUCUCACUGGAUAGAUACUGGAGUAUCACUCAGGUGAGUUAUUUUUCUACUCUUUAUUCGAUCCAUGUUAUUCUUUAA